AAUACCUGUUCUAUAUAAAUACAAUAUGGAUAAGAUAUAUUUCCACAGUAUAGACCAUCACUAUCAGUAGACUAUUUGCACCUGCCCGCGAAGUUUUUUUUUUUUGGAAUGCUUUUUCUGAUACAGGUCUCGAGCCUAUUUGAGAGCUUUUUUUUAAUUUGUUGUGGAGUUCGUUUCCUCAUUGAUGUUUGGCUUGCCCACAUGAUUUGGUGGGGUAAUUCGCUAUUACGAAGAUGUCGGCAUUGCCAUCAAACAUCACCAAUACAAGCCCCCGCGAAGAUUAUGAAUGGAGAUAUGAAUAUUACGAGGAUGACGAACCCGUGUCUUUCGAGGGACUAAAAGCGCAUCGAUAUUCCAUUGUGAUCGGAUUCUGGGUGGGCCUGGCUGUGUUUGUGAUUUUCAUGUUUUUUGUCCUCACCUUACUGACCAAGACGGGAGCUCCGCACCCAGAGAAUUCCGAGCCAUGUGAGAAGCGCACGUGUCUGACCAGCUGCGGGGAGGACAUGGCCCAUCUGUCCGAACACCAGGGCAGCCAGCCCUGUGCCUCGCGCCCCCUGCUGGACGAGUCGCGCUCGCUCUUCCACUGCUACAUCAACGAGGACGAGCAGUCUGCCAACAGGUGCUCGAGCGGCACCACCACGCACCUCGGCGGGGUCCGAGGCAGCGGUGCCCGCUCCUCGGUCAUCGGCAGCCAGUUAGCGGGGCUCGUGCAGGAGGCAUGGGUCAGCGGGGGUGCGUCGCUCCCCGAGAGAGACCCGUCGACAUUCCUGGCGCACUUCAACAUCCCUAACUUUGUGAAUACCGAGCUGAGUUCGACGCUGGGGGACGAUGACCUUCUGCUCAUGGACCCCCCUCUGAUCCUAGACAGGGAAGGCAGGGGUCCGACUGGCACCAACGGUGACCACGUCCUGGAGUAGCGGGCUAAUGGCUAGCGCUUGGACUCCGCUUUCGGCAUGAAUUGUACAGACUAGUGGACUGAGGUAUGGGCUUUGAAAAGAAUACUUGCAGGCGCCUAAGAGCUGGGUCAUUUUUGUCAGCGAGACCAACCCCCACCACCCCACCUCCACUGAGACUGCCCUCAGUUUCAGGCCUUUUGAGCUUGGAAACUUCCCUGGAGUGGAACUGUGCGGAUGCUUAAAUGUGAUCCCUCUCUUGCCUAAGCGCCAUGGUGCUUUGAUUUGUGGAAAGCCCUGCGAGCCCGCGCGGCGUGGGGGGGGGGGGGUUAGUUCCACUCGCUGGGUCUCAGUUCCACUCGCUGGGUCUCCCAAGAGAGGAUCAGAGGAAGGCCAGAGAUGUAGAAGCUAGUGGAAAAGAUCAAGCGGUCACAAUGAAAUACAACUGGCCCGGCUACAACCCGAUGAACAAUUUGGGAAGUGCUUUUUGGAAGACCUUAUGGGAGGUAUUUGAUGUUCAACCAGGAGUGCUAAGUUUGGCCUAUAGGGCAUCCCAGCACACCUUGAUGUAACAGGAAAUGCACACGUUGUCUCAACACCAGCUGCUACAGUAACCCAAUUGUGUACAUUUUGUGGUUCCACAGCCCAAGCUGGCCCAAGUGCAUGCUCCGUUUUGCCAUCGAUCUUGGCUAGUAGUGCAGCACGCCUUGACUAAAGAACAGAAAAAGCAUAAGUCAAAUAACAUCACCCAAAAAGAGGAGGAUCAUGUAUAAUGGAAGACUGCACUGACCUGAAGAAACACAAACUAGUUAUUUAUGGACCACACACUGACGCACACUAUGAGAGACGUGGUCUGAACUGAACGCUAUACAGCUUACUCAUGUCAUUCGCUUUCUAAAGUGAGCGAGAAAUACGAGCACUUGAGCUUUGCUGGCCAUUUCUACACAACCCAUCUUCCACAUGCUGUCCCCUCAGGACAAGGAACACAACAUAAUUGCCUUCAUCCAGCAGCUGUGCACAGGCGGGUAAUGAGGCUUUCUGUGUAACCCAGCAGGAACAAGCAGACAUCAAAAGGCAGCCAAGUUGUAGCAGUGCUUUCCCAUGAACUGAAAAUCUCUUGCACUUUGGUGUGAAGACAAAAAGUAUACGCCAAUAGUAAGUUCAUUAACCCUUAAAGGUGUAGAUUUUUGAACGUUCUAAGUUCCGCAACAAUUGAAGGUUCUAAAAUUCUAUGUUGAAUUCAAUGAACCCAGAUAUUCUUUAGAACGUUAAUUUCCCAACAUUCCCGUCAGUGUGACGGUACUCCUUUAAGGGUUAAGGAAGCUGUGUCGUCGUUCUGAUGUUCCUCUACUUAUGAAUGUGUGCCUGCUGAAAGCUUUUUCUGGGUAAUACAAUACAAAAGAACACCACCAGUGCAGUACUACAAAUUGCCCUGAGUGAAAGUAAUGGUCUUGGCUUGGUAGAGAAAUUCAAAGAAGGUGAGGAUGUGAGGAGGGGGAUGAAAUUUAAUAAUGGAGGAAAGAAGCUGAAAUUGUCUUUUUUGCACAAAAGCUACAGACAUACACAUAUUAAAAUAAUAAAGAAUGCUAUUUAUUCUGC